GUGGGUGCUGGCGGCUGGUGCAUCAUCAUCGUCAUCGUCCGCUGGUAUCCCUGGUAGCCAGCCAAGCAUCAGCCCCAGCCGAUGACCACUUACAGCCCUGACAAAGCUUCUAGCGGCAAGGUAACUUCCACUGGUGAGGGGAGCUUUACUUCCAGCGACAACCACGUCCAUUGUUGCCCUACUGCCUGUAUCCAAUGGCUGCCAGCAUUGCUACUCUAAAAAAAAUUUGCUUCGUUUUGCGAUCAAGGCGCUGUUCAUUCAUGCGACCAAUUUGGUAGUCAUCCAUCCUGUCAAGUCUUCCAAUGUUAUUCUUCAUGCUUCUUCGUCACAGAUCGAAGCAGCGCUCGAGCCACCACUGUGACCUAUCAUCGGUCAUGGUGGCCUUUCCCAAUGGACCCUCUCAUUCUCGCUCUAGAUUGGCGAUCUUCAGUUAAAUUGUCUCUGUUAGGCAUUUUGACAGGAGCCACAGAGACAGGGACAAGGACUUUCGAUCGUGUUCAGGAUGAGGCUCUCUAUGCUAUUUACUCCGUCAACAAAAAGACGAGGCGUCUCGACGAGCAGACUGCUAACAGUCGUCUGUUGAUACCUUCUCUGAUACGACGCAAGCCGCCUAGGUAUUCCUCAGAACAAACCACCAUGAGUCUCUCUAGGCGAACCAGUUACAAAACCAGCCAAACCAAUGAUUUCCUCCAGCCCUCAUGAUUCCACUGACUUCUUCUGUCUCUCCUAUUCGCCCAACGCUGCCAAGCGAAUUAACUCGAUCACACUCGACGUCCAGUUGACAUCAUCAUGGAUUUCAUGUCUUUUUGCUGCCUAUCUACUACCCGUUAUGUUAUCAUUCGUGGAAACAACUCGCUUCACCGAAUUCGAUAAUUGGCUCUCUCUUUUUUUGCGUUUUCUCCAGGAAACUCCCCAGGAAAUUUGGCUCGUCCCAUGGACAGAAUGAAUUCAUUCUAGCCUCGUUUUUACCGACAACUCAAUCACAAUGCAAAUUAGACUCUCGAAUGGUGCUUUUUGGUCACAGACACCCUUCAGCAGUGGGGAGGCCUUUCUGGGGUCAGCCCUCAAUUCCAAUUUCAAUGUUCCCAUAUUAGGACCUGGCCUAGCUGGCCUCCCACGGGGGCCUGUGGGUUGACAGAAUAUAGCCGGACAUGCAGGAGAACGCAGCCACGGAGGACUUGAUGAACUCCAUUAUGUACCGGGAUAUUUUUAUGAACAUACCGGACUACUGAAAAUUACCAACAGUUUGUAUGUCUGUUGUACCCAAGAGCCGACCUCCCUAGCAAUCUUUCCAGAGAAAUGUGGUUUAUGGGGACAAAACUGUCAAAUGCCAGAUUUUCCUAUAGAAACAUCUCAAAAAACCUAGCUGCGAAGUAUCAGCUCCUCCACCGUGUUGAAAGGAAACAAGCUUCCCCACUACGUAGCACUUAACGCGAACGAAAGGUACCAUCCCUCAUCGAGGUCAGGUCGACUGGCAUUUGGAC